UCGAGGGAUGAAGCGGGGUUGGUUGGUGGUUGUGCACUGUAAAAGAGGGGAAGGUGGGUCGCCUCGUAUCCGUGUCACGAAUGCGCGCGUCUGCACUCCACCUCGCCACCCUCCACGGCCACCGAAAGAGGUGAAUGCAGUUGGCCGUCAUUUUGCAACCCGUUCAGACGCCAUUCAGAUGCGUCCGAUGCAAGUGGUCGGCGUCGCGGGACUUCCAUCUCGUCACAAGAUCUGAUUGAUACGUUGUUCGUCGAUCCAAGCUCGGACGACGAACGUUGGUAGACUGCUGCUACAUAGUAGACCUUUACGCGUUGAUUCAAUCUUGACCGACGUCUAUCUCUUGUUCAAACGUUCGAAAGGGGACAAAGACUGAUAAGACGACACGACACGAGAAAUCGAGGAAAAGCCGCGAAAACACCGUUUUAUCAAAGAUAGAUCUCACGCGGAGUACACGCGCGCGACUGAUGGUCAACUACUUGUAACAGCCGCAACACGCCGAGGGGUGAAUCGACGCCGACGAUCCUCCGCUGGUAAUCUCUGAAUGGACCGUCGCGGUGGUGUUUGUCGUUUGUUCCGCGUGAAACGUGACAGACGUGGGACAAUGAAUUUUUCAAGGAUCGCGCUCGGUGAUAGGGGACACCGAAUGGGGAACGCGAUGUUGACCGAGAAACUAACCGACCAGUGUUUUAUGUGUACUUAAAGGUGAGCGGGCGUUACCCACGGAUUUCGAUUCGAUCCGAGGUGGUGAGCGUGCAAGGAAGAAAAAAAGAAGGAAGUCAGAGAUAACAAACGGAAGUCGCGGAGUUGCACGUCGCACGUGCUUGGCGAAUAAGCAUCGAGAAAAUUGCCGUAGGAUUGUCCUCUCUUCUUUUGCUUUCUAACACGGUGUGACAGCCGCUUUUCUGGACGAAGGAAGCCCCGACUGACCAAGCAAAACGUCUCAAAAAGGAAAUGUCAAGGAAGUACGAGUACUCCUCUGACUAACCAUUAUGUAAAUGAUGCAAAUUAUUACGACAUCUCUAGCAACGAUGACAGAUCAGACCCCUUGGAGAAAUUUUACUUAAUUACUGGACAAAGGUGGCACGCAGAUACUGUGCUGCCUAUUCCUUUAUUGCCAUCUACGGAGGGAAUGUCUGCUAGGUCUCAUCAUAGAUAUCAAUUUUUGAUAUAUAGAAUACCACAGUCCAUAACAGGACUGGAUGAUGCUGGAAUGGAUUUACAAGCAGCUCAACUUAGUACCCGUACAGGUCAGGAGGUACGCUCCACUGCAAAUUUAUCAUGGCCAGACUGGCCUCUGUACGUAGCACUUUGCGCCAUCGGUGGCGCGAUUCUCUUUACAUUCCUGGUUUUGUUAUGGCUGCGGAAACAAAUGUCGCGUGAAAAAGAUACAGAGGAUGGUGACAGGAGAGGUUUGGUAGAGGAAGGUGCUGUAGGUCACCCAGAAAAGCCUAUCAAGCCUGCAAAAGGAUCGAUUGAAUGGGUUCAUCAACCUGCAGCAAAACCAUCCAUUCAAUCUGUUCAGACUGUCCAAUCAGUCACACAAGCUACUGGUUUACCAGAGGUAAUGUCGGUGGCAAUACCAGAACGCAGACCGGAACCAAUAUGUAUAAAAGCUAAAGGAUUAUUGGAACGACGUGGAUCAAGCGCAAGUUUGACUAUAGAAUUGGCACCUCCUCCGGAAAGUCCACCACACAUUGUCACGCCUACCCGCGAAUGUACCGCGGAGGAAUUUUUAUUAAGUGCCGGAAACGUUCUAUCAAGAGCUCAACUUAAAAAAGCAAUCAGUGAUCCAGCAUCGUUGCACAAAGAGUUUUGGGAGGUUCCUCUCAACUUGCCUGAGAAAUUAGAUAUUUGUGGAUCUGGGGUGAAGAAUAGAUAUUGUUCUGUAUUACCAAAUCCACAGUCGAGGGUGAUUUUACCAGGUUCUGCUGAUGAUCCUCUUUCUAGUUAUAUUAACGCCAAUUAUAUUCGGGGUUAUGAUGGAGAAGAUGUUCGCUAUAUUGCAACGCAGGGACCAUUACCUCACACUGUGGGUGAUUUCUGGAGAAUGGUCUGGGCAGAAAAAGUACCCGCGAUAGUUAUGAUGACGAAGCUAUACGAAGCCGCGAAAACAAAAUGCGAAGCAUACUUUCCGCUAGACAAAAAUAAUCGCAUACAAAGUGGACCGUUUACCAUUAUCGUUAACUCUAUCGAUACGAGAGAAGGCUACAUAAUCAGAGAUUUAGAACUUCGAUACGAAGGAGACAGAAGACACGUGCAGCAUUAUUGGUAUGAUUCAUGGCCGGACCAUGCCGUUCCUCAAGCUGCGGAUACCCUUGUUAGUUUAGCUGCAGAAAUAAAUUCUUUACCAGGUCCGGUUAUUGUUCACUGCAGUGCAGGAAUUGGACGAACUGGUUGUUUCAUAGCUUUAGCCACGGGAAUGAUACAGCUAUUAAGAGAUGGAAAUGUUGACGUGUUGGGUAUUUUAUGUCAAAUGAGAUAUGACAGAGGCGGUAUGAUUCAGACGGCAGAACAGUACGAAUUCGUUCAUCGUGCACUUUGUCUGUACGAACAGACGCUUGAAGGUGGUAAAGCGUCGAGUUCAGGGGAUUGAAACCAUAAACAAGGCGAUUGUGGGAAUUGAUAACAGUUCACUAGAAGAAAAAAUUCGUUUGGGAAUUACUAUGAAAAGAUUUACGAAACGACUAUGAAAUAUUGUCUGCAACAUAUUGCUUCGUCCAGGUGUGAAUAUCUAUACCAUGGAGGAAAUUCUAUGGAAAGAAUCUCAACUUUAGACCAGCGGAUGUCUUAUCUGACUUUCAGCUAUUCAGGAUGAGUUUUGUCUCACUAAAUAAGCUGCCAUUUCUAUACUGCCAUGACAAAUCGUUGACAAUUAAUAUCAGUCACAAAGCUCAAGCUAAAGAUAAACGGUUUAUUGACUCAUGUUCUAAAGAGUACGAUGUUCUUAAACGGAAUUAAAACUGUUUGACUAAUGAAAAAAAAAAAAUUUCAAUUUGACUCACGAGAUAUCAGGGUUUAUCUGAGUAUUCAGAUUUUUAUGCAUUCUCUAUGUGUUACAAAUUAGAUUUGUCAGUUAUAAAUACUUGCAUCUAUAAUAUUCUCAGAAUCCUAUACUUUCUACAAGCAGUUCUUUGUUAGCUUCCCAAUGCAGCAAACUGUUACAAAAUUGAUGUUGCUGUCUAAUACUACAGUUAAAGAAAUGAAUGCUAAAAGCUGUUAAUGAUUAUUUCAAAAUGAAACCAUAUACAGAAAAGCAAAUUAUUAUAAAAUUGGGACCCACGUCGAUUAAAAUAUUUUUAUCCUAUUUGUAGUUCCUAGUUAAUUUAACGAUAAAACUUACACGUUGAUUUCCAUGACUUUUAAUUAAUUUAUCAAUAAAGACUGAAUGCAGGUAGUACAAUAUGUUUAUUAUAUAAGUUAUAAAUCUAACUAGAGAUAAUAUGUUUCUCUGAUCCAAAACAAAAUCCAUGAUGUUAUAAGAUUGUAAGAAACGUAGUUUUACUUGAAAAAAGGAAGGAGAAAAAGAGAUAGCAAAUUGUAGGAUGGAUUUGUUGAUCUGAACCUCGAAAAGCAAACUAUCGAUUCCUCAUAUAGUAAAGCAAGGUCAUAGUUGUUGUAUAACAUUCUCUCUAAGUAUUAUGUACAAAACUAUAAUUAUUUAUUCUGUUUACUGCUUGAAGCAUAAAUUAAUAUUUAAUGAAAUUCCAAUACAGUGUUAUGAAUUAGUGACUAAAGGAGCCAUUGCUUUCUUUUCUUGAUAAUAAUCGGUUUGCUUGGUUGAAUAUUGUAUUAGUCUAUAGGUGACAAUAAGUGUGGUUACGAGCUUCUAGGAAAAUUUUGAAAAGAACUUAUUAACAAGAAUGGCAAUAGUUUGAACAGAAAUGUCUCUCUGCAUAGAAAUAUUGCAUAUAACUCGAUUUCAACGUUGUAUCAAAGUUAUUAAUAUUCAUUACUAUCGCAUACCGUUACGAGAUAUAUUGCAGACUCUGUAAGAUCUAUGAUUAUCGAUCGUUGUAAUGGAAUCUUUUAUUCGUUCUUUUUUAUAAUUAAUUCUCACCGUAAAAAUUUCAAUUUUCAACUACUAUAUUCCACUAAGUUGUGCGGUUCGAUUUCAGACUGUUACAAUUGUAUGCAAUUUUGACAAUUGUCUGUAUGGAUAUGCCGUAGCGAGUUCAAAUGUUUUAAGAUAUUCAGUCUUUAUGUUGAUCGAAUGUGUUGUAACAUCAACUAUUCGAAUUGUCGAUAUAAUGCCUCAGAAUUCUUCUGUUUUGUAAGUGAACAAGUAUGAACGUGUAUUUUUGAGCGAAAGAUUGUGAUAUGUAUACAUAUAUACUAAUAUAUAUACAUAUAUAUACUUGUACAUAUGUUGUACAGAGAGCAAAAUAUAUUUAAGAGACUAUGUAUUUGUGUAAGCAAAUUGAGAGUAAAUUAUUUAUGAGUAUACAUAUAAAGCCUUGGGCAAACUUUAAUGUAAACGUAUUAAUAACGUAACGAUAACAGUAACAAUAAUUUAGAAACCCUUUGGUGUUCAACUGUACUUAUGUGACGUAAUAAAUGUUUAUAGUACCCAUGCAA